AUGGCUCAAAUUAUGUUUAGAUGCGCUAGAGACAAAGAUCCAAUGGAAAUGUUGUUUGAAACUGAGUCUGGAGACAUAAUGGAUAGGGUGUAUUUUGAGGGUAUGUGUCCAAAUCAUAAGAUACAUCCUUUCGUUAUUGAUUGUUGGGCUGCUGUUCUUAAAUUUGAAGAAGAAAACGUGAGAAACAAAAAAUCAUCACCAUGCGUCUUCUUCAACACUCAAAUUAUGAAAAAUUAUUGGAUUCUUCAAUACCUUUUGUCGAAAGAUUCCGACUUUUUGAUGAGGCUGUGA